AUGCGCUCAUUGGGACCUCUGGCUCUCGCGCUGAACGCAUCUCUGCUCGUGCUGGUGGCUCAUGGGGUCCAAAAAACCAAAGAUGGAGUUUCAAACAUGAGGUCGCUGGAGCGGUUUUCUCUCAUGGAUCGAGCAACCGGGCACCACCUGCCCACCUACAUGAUGCAUCUGUACAGGAACUUCAAGUCCAACUUUUCCAGGCCUUUGGAUACUAUGGAGCAAGUCGCCUCAAAGCAAGCAGACACAGUGAAGAGUGUAAUGGCUAGAAGUUUGACGUAUAGACACAAGCGUUGGGCUGCAACAUUUGACCUCCAUGCUCUGCUGGCUGACAAACAGAUCCAGGCAGCAGAGCUGAGAAUCAGACUUCCUCAGGCACAGAGUCCUGCGAACAUCAGCGUGGAGGUUUAUCACCAGACGUGCCAUCAGCACAAGAGCUGCCAGGAGCAGCAGCUGGUGGGGCUGCUCACCGAGUCUUCACUGGUCACUUCAUCGCAGAGCUGGAAGGUGUUCAACAUGACGAGACCUCUGUUGAGCUGGCUCAGGCAAAAAUCAACAGCCAGGAUACGACACAAGAGAGUGUCCAGAAGAAGGAAGGCGGUGGAGACGAAGAGGGGCCUGUGGCUUCAUGAUCCUUCAGUCUAUGUGGCGAGCUCGAGAAGAGAGCAGGAAGUGAGCGACCGGGCCUUGCUGGUCAUCUUCUCACACACAGGCUCUGAUGAAAACUCGAAGGUCAAAGCGAGCUUACUCCACACAGCUGAACAAUCCAAGUUCUUGUCCCCUGCUGAAAUCAAAAAGGCCCGCAGGCAAAAAAGGCGCAGGAGCAAACGGGGUCAGAGAGAACAAACAGGGAGAAGUCUGCAGGCGUCCAAAAGAGAGGGUGAAAAACCCCUCUGUCGCAGAGUGGACCUGCAUGUAGACUUUAAUCAAAUUGGUUGGGGGUCCUGGAUCAUCUUUCCUAAAAGAUACAACGCUUACCGCUGUGAAGGGUCGUGCCCUGGUCCCCUUGGAGAAGAGCUCAAUCCAACAAAUCAUGCUUACAUGCAAAGUUUACUGAAACAUUACCACCCUGAUAGAGUGGCUUCGCCUUGCUGCGCCCCCACCAAAAUGAGCCCAUUAAGUAUGCUGUACUACGAGAGCGGAGAGAUGCUACUUCGACAUCACGAGGACAUGAUUGUGGAUGAGUGUGGCUGCCAGUGACAGCUUCUACAGCCUGCAGACGCAACCAGCUCUGAAGAAACAAAAGGAAACACUUAGCUUGAUUUGAAAAACAAAAUAAAGAAAAAUGCUCUUUGAUAUUUCUCACUGUGCACUGUAAGAUUGGAAUGGAUCUGUGUGCAGAGAUGGAAUUACCAGCUGUGAUGUGGGCUCUGAUUUGUGAAGAAAUUAGUAUUUUUAAAAUGUGCUGAAAUUCAAACUCAACAACAGCAUGUCACCUAUGUGUGCAGUUGUGUACAACUUUAUCCCGCCCUAUCAAUUUGAUUAAUGUAAAUGAUGUGACAAUAUUGUUGUAUAUUCCAGCACUGUUUUUUGUAUUGUACACUGCCAUUUGUUUGACUGUAAAUUAAUGUAUAUUUAUUGUAUAUAUUAAAAACAUGUAUUUAUGUACAUUU